GUGGGGGAGUGGCUGAGACUGGCAGUGCAUUUGCUGCGUGCUGAACUCCGGCAGAGAGUAAUGGAAUGAGUUUACCCGUGCAAUCAGAGCAAGCGAAGGAUCGCACGUUGGGAACUAUCUAACAACUGCAACUACUACGACUGUAUAAACUCCAGCACUCUGUAAAACCAAGGGGGACAAAAACAACAGCCAAACAAAACACACACAAGGAGGAGCAAUAACAGGUUGACAUACGCACACUUUCCCUCUGAAAAAGGAUAUGUUCCUGGACAUAAAAUAAAAAGGAAUAAAGCCCAAAAUGAAGCUAACCACUCUGUGCUAUUUCGGCUUUCUCCUGAACACCGUGGCCAUACAGCUGAGCACCUCACAAUCAGUAUGUGCCGGGACGGAGAACAAGCUGAGCACUCUCUCAGACCUGGAGCAGCAGUAUCGCACCCUGCGCAAGUACUACGAGAACUGUGAGGUCGUCAUGGGCAACCUGGAGAUCACCAUCAUUGACCGCAACCGAGACCUCACCUUCCUCCGGUCUAUUCGGGAAGUGACAGGCUACGUGCUGGUAGCCCUGAACCAGUUUGAGUACCUGCCGCUGGAGAACCUGCGCAUCAUCCGCGGGACCAAGCUGUACGAGGAACGCUACGCUCUCGCCAUCUUCCUCAACUACCGGAAAGACAGCAACGUUGGGCUGCGUGAGCUGGGCCUUAGGAACCUGACAGAAAUCCUCAAUGGAGGAGUAUACGUGGAUCAAAACAAGUUCCUGUGCCACGCCGAUACAGUCCACUGGCAGGACAUCGUGCGCAACCCACGCUCUGAGCUCCUCGUGGUGCCAACCAAUAGCAGUGCAGGAUGUGGACGGUGCCACAAGUCCUGUACAGGUCGCUGCUGGGGUCCCAACAAUUUCCAGUGCCAGAGCUUAACAAAGACAGUGUGCGCUGAACAGUGCGAUGGACGAUGUUUCGGCCCCUACGUCAGUGACUGCUGUCAUCGGGAGUGCGCAGGGGGCUGCUCCGGACCUAAGGACACAGACUGCUUUGCUUGUACAAACUUCAACGACAGCGGGGCGUGUGUCACCCAGUGUCCACAGCCUUUCGUCUACAACCCCACCACCUUCCAGCUGGAGCACAACCCCAAGGCCAAGUACACCUACGGGGCAUUCUGCGUCAAGAAGUGUCCGCAUAAUUUUGUGGUGGACCACAGCUCCUGUGUGCGAGCCUGCCCCAGUAACAAAAUGGAAGUGGAAGAGAAUGGCAUUAAAAUGUGCAAACCCUGUACUGAUAUCUGUCCCAAAGCGUGUGAUGGCAUUGGGACGGGCAGUUUGCAGUUAGCUCAGACGGUGGAUUCCAGCAACAUAGACAAGUUUGUCAACUGCACCAAAAUCAACGGGAACCUGGUCUUUCUUAUCACUGGCAUUGAAGGGGAUGCUUACCACAGCAUUGAGGCUUUGGAUCCUGAUAAACUCAAUGUGUUCAGGACUGUCCAGGAGAUUACAGGGUACUUAAACAUCCAGUCUUGGCCACGGAACAUGUCUGACUUCAGUGUGUUCUCCAACCUGGCGACUAUUGGAGGCAGAGUCCUUUACAGCGGUAUCUCCUUGCUAAUCCUCAAGCAGCAGUGGAUCUCCUCCCUGCGGCUGCAGUCGCUUCAGGAAAUCAGUGCUGGGAACAUCUACCUCACCGACAACAACCUCCUCUGCUACUACCACACCGUCAACUGGACCAGCCUCUUCAGGACCAGCUUGCAGAAGACCAUCAUCCGCAACAACCGCAACCCCAGCAACUGCACUGCUGAGAAGAUGACGUGUGACCCCUUGUGCUCGGACCAUGGUUGCUGGGGUCCCGGUCCAGACCAGUGCCUGUUCUGCAGAUUCUUCAGCAGGGGAAGGACCUGCAUUGAGUCCUGUAACCUCUAUGAAGGGGAUUUCCGUGAGUUUGCCAAUGGAUCAGUCUGCAUUGAAUGUGACUCCCAGUGUGAGAAGGCUGAGGAUAAUAUGUUCACCUGCCUCGGCUCGGGCCCAGACCACUGCGUGACGUGUUCUCAUUUCAAAGACGGCCCGAACUGUGUAGAGAAAUGCCCAGAUGGUCUGCAAGGCGCCAACAGCUUCAUUUUCAAAUAUGCUGAGGCCAACAAUGAGUGUCACCCCUGCCAUUCAAACUGCACCCAGGGGUGUAGAGGCCCUACUAGUGCUGACUGCAUUUUCUAUCCCUGGACGGGUCAUUCCAUAUUACCACAACAUGCUAGAACUCCGCUGAUCGCCGCAGGAGUCAUUGGCGUGCUCUUCGUUGUGGUCAUCGUGGUGCUGAGUGUGGCGGUUUAUGUCCGGCGAAUGAGCAUCAAAAAGAAAAGAGCGCUGAGGAGAUUCCUGGAGACAGAGCUUGUGGAACCCCUCACCCCCAGCGGCACAGCGCCCAAUCAGGCCCAGCUGCGCAUCCUGAAGGAAACAGAGCUGAAGCGAGUCAAAGUGCUCGGCUCGGGCGCCUUCGGGACAGUCUACAAGGGCAUCUGGGUUCCAGAGGGAGAGACAGUGAAAAUUCCUGUGGCCAUAAAGAUCCUUAACGAGGCAACAGGACCCAAGGCUAAUGUCGAGUUUAUGGAUGAGGCCCUGAUCAUGGCCAGUAUGGACCACCCCCACCUGGUGCGGCUGCUGGGGGUCUGCCUCAGCCCCACAAUUCAGCUGGUCACCCAGCUGAUGCCCCACGGCUGCCUGCUGGACUACGUCCACGAACACAAGGACAACAUUGGCUCCCAGCUCCUGCUCAACUGGUGUGUCCAGAUCGCUAAGGGGAUGAUGUACCUGGAGGAGAGACGGCUGGUGCACAGAGACCUGGCCGCCCGGAACGUCCUGGUCAAGUCGCCCAACCACAUCAAGAUCACAGACUUCGGGCUGGCCCGCCUGCUGGAUGGUGAUGAGAAGGAGUACAAUGCUGAUGGGGGCAAGAUGCCAAUAAAGUGGAUGGCCCUGGAAUGUAUCCACUACAGGAAAUUCACCCACCAGAGUGAUGUGUGGAGCUACGGUGUUACAAUCUGGGAGCUCAUGACGUUCGGUGGGAAGCCCUACGAUGGAAUUCCUACCCGGGAAAUCCCAGAUCUUCUGGAAAAAGGGGAGCGCCUGCCACAGCCACCAAUCUGCACCAUCGACGUCUACAUGGUCAUGGUGAAAUGCUGGAUGAUCGAUGCAGACAGCAGACCGAAGUUCAAAGAGCUGGCAGCCGAAUUCUGCAGAAUGGCCCGGGAUCCCCAGCGCUACCUGGUUAUCCAGGGCGAUGACCGUAUGAAGCUCCCCAGCCCCAGUGACAGCAAGUUCUUCCAGAGCCUGCUGGAUGAGGAGGAGCUGGAGGACAUGGUGGAUGCAGAGGAGUACCUGGUGCCCCAGGCCUUCAACAUCCCUCCCCCCAUCUACACCUCGCGACCAAGGAUUGACUCCAACCGGAGUCAAAAUGGACACAGCCCUCCUCCAGCCUACACCCCAAUGUCUGGGAACCAGUUUGUAUACCGGGAUGGGGGCUUCAGCACUGAGGAUUUGAUUCCGUCUUUGGGACGGGCACUGCAGCCGUGUGCCGCCCCAGAGACACCGGCAGGGCAGGGGGCAGCUCCGGAGGCAUUCGAAGACACCCGCUGUAACGGAACUCUGAGAAAGCAGGUGUCUCCACGGGCCAUGGAGGACAGCAGUGCUCAGCGCUACAGUGCAGAUCCCACCGUCUUCCUGGCAGAGCGUGGGCCCCGGGGGGAGAUGGACGAGGACGGAUACAUGACACCUAUGCAAGACAAGCAGCCCACAGACUAUCUUAAUCCAGUUGAGGAAAACCCUUUUGUCACACGCCGGAAGAAUGUAGACAUCCAUGCCCUGGAUAACCCAGCAUACCACAGCGCCCCCAACGGGCAACCCAAGGUGGAAGAUGAGUAUGUCAACGAGCCCCUGUACCUCAACACCUUCCAUAACACAGCAGAGAAUCCUGAGUACCUGAAGAACACCAACACCAUCAGCGAUAAGAAACCCAAGAAGAACAAUGGGACCCCACUCCUCACCAACACUGUCAGCGAUAAGAAACCCAAGAAGAACAAUGGGGCUCCAAUCCUCACCAACACCAUCAGCAACAAGAAACCCAAGAAGACCUUCGACAAUCCAGAGUACUGGCACCACAGUCUUCCCCCAAAGGCAACGCUCCACAACCCUGAAUACCUACAGGAGUGCAACACCAAGUUUUUCUACAAACAGAAUGGACACAUCCGACCUGUGGUAGCGGAGAACCCAGAGUACCUGUCUGAGUUCUCCCUGAAACCAGGGACUAUGCUGCCCCCACCUCCUUACAGGCAGAGGAACACAGUGGUGUAAUGUCUACAGCAGGAUUUCCCAAUCCUGGUCCUGGGGGACCCCUGUGUCUGCUGGUUUUCAUUCCAACAGUCUCAGUGACUUACUCAGACCUUUAAUUGAACUAAUAAUUUGCUUAAUUAGACCUUUUUAAUUGUUCUCAGCUCCUACAAAGUUGCCAAUUUCAAGUUACUUAUAAAUUUGUAUAGUUAACUUGAAAUCUCCAACUGUUUUAAAAGCAGAAAACAAUUAAAAAGGUUUGAUUAAGCUAAUGAAUAGUUCAGUUAAGUUAUUGAGAACUCAGUUGGAAUGAAAACCAGCAGGGACAGGGGUCCCCUGGGACCAGAAUUGGGAAACCCUGGCCUACAGUAUUAUAAUCCAGUGUAAACAGGGAAAUUGGUCUGUCUGCAGAACUGUUUCCCUGUGCAGCACCCCAAAAAGUCCAGACUUUUGAUUCCUCAGAACAGUAACAAAAUAAAUCUGUUAAGACCUUGACUGGAAGAAGCAUUUUUUAUCAUCCUGCAAAAGGGGACUCGAAACUUUUGCCACGUACAAACCCCAAGGAGCAGUGAUGAAUGAUGAACUUUCCACCUCUAGCAGCUGUUUUCCUUAUCCCACGGUGUUCUGUGGUGAAAAAGCCUGCAGAGUUUUAAAGAAUGUAUCUUUAGCGACGUUCCCAUUCUCUGAAAUCAGUAGGAGCAAUGAUGAACAAAAAACUGUUGGUAAGGAUGGGUGUUGUUUCUCCUUGAUCAUUCCUCUUUCUUUCCCCAUCUUCAUUUGUUGGAAUGUAGUUCAAAGCAAUAUGGAGGCAACACAUCAGCCACGUGACAUGAAGGAUAUUCUUAGAAGAAAACCAAGUAUUUUGGAUUUGGUUUUACAUACUUCCAAUUCUGAGGGACACUAAUGAAGGAACACCAGCAAGAGCAACUGUUUCUGAUGGAAACAGACAUCUUGGGAUGGUGAACUGCCACAUAUCGAUUAUGGAUAUUCUUGUUGUUGUUUGCUGUUUGUUUGUUUGUUUUUACAAGAGGGUAUUUUCACAGAGCUUCUGUUUACCUGGGAUCUACAGUCCAUGAAACUGGAAUUAUUUAAACUUGAAAUGAAUACAUACUGGUUGGUCUGGUACGGUUCAAUAGGGUGAAUACAAUAUACCAUGUAUUGCAGGUUAAAAACAGAAGCUCUGUAACCACCAUUCCAUAGGUGGUUGAAUCCUGCAGGUGUAGCCAGAUAGACUGGGACUGAGUGGUCCUUGUCUAGAACAAUAAACAUGUGAAGCAGCCGGAGAGACCCAGAAGCCACUCUCAAUCUGAAGCAAUUGAAAGAAGCAUUUGGUCAUUAAGUAGAAGGGCGGUUUUGUUUGAUUUGAUGUCUCCUUCUGUCUCAUCUUGGCUUAUAACCAGGACAGAUAUGACCAAUUGCUUAAAAAAUAAGCGCCAAUAAGUGUUGCAUCAAAUUAUAUUAAUACAACUAUAUUUUAAUUUGUCCAGUGUUUAUUAACCUUUUUGUUUUUCUUACCUUGGAGAGCCACUAUAAACACACAAAAGAAAAUGUGUUUCAUAUUAUAUAUGAAAACCAUGGCUCUUGGACAGUGGAGAACAAAAUAAACAUACCCAGUAUUCCAUGUAGCCCUGUCAUUGGUUCAGUAUUGUUGUCUGCUCUUCAGCUGUUGAGCUCCACAAAAGCUUGAACAGCUAACACCCAGUGGAGGAGCAGUACUGAACCAAGAACCACCCGCAUUUCAAAACUGAGGUUAACUUUUAUUAUUAUUUAAAUAUAUAGUAUGACCUUUUCAAUGACCAGUCUUUGAACUUUAUCUACCGUGGUGCAAUGCAAUGAAAUGGCCCCCAAAAAAGUUUCAAAAGCUGCUGUUUACUGGUCUGCACUGCAAAUAAGAGUAUCAGAAUACAUCAUCCGUUUUUUUUUUUUUUUUUUUUUAGAGAAACGUUAUUGGUGAGGCAUGCCCUUAACCUUCACUAACAGACAUAGAUAUAAGUCUUAAAACAAUACUACGCGGUUCUGUAUUUUAUACUUAAAGCAUUAACUUUGGCAGAACCCACUCUAAUGGAAAAAAAACUGUGCCAAAAUGUUUUUAGUAAAUUUAGUUGGAUAUUUAGUUUUAAAAAGUAGGUUCCAUAAUUGAAAAGGUUAAGCCGAUCUUUUAUAUAAAAGACCUGUACACAACAAUAAUUUCUACUGAUCGCUACUGCUAAAAAUAACGGCAGCAUCCGAAAUCAUUCUGCAUUGACUUGUGUUUUUUGUUUUUUAAAUGUAAGAGUACUUAAUGCUCUGGUGUAGCACUUUUAUUAGCUUUCAGAAAGCUGUUUGAAAGUUAAUACCUAUACAGGUAGAUGGCUUGUUUUUUGAGUGUGUCUCUCAACCUAAUGGCUUUUGGGGGAAAAGGAACCCGCUCAUUUGCACAAAUCAAUAUUAUUAUUCUGACACUGCACAAUACAAUUUUCUAUCUGAUUCAGAACAAAGUUAGACAACUGAACAAGUUUGUUUCCUGUCUAUUUCUUCAAAUGCUCUAUAUUGUCCUCCACAUGCUAUUAGGUUCAGAGCACAGGGGGGUAACACAAUCCCCCAAAAGAAAACCACACACAGUUGUUCAACUGCAGAACGUGCCAAGAAUGGGAUUACGGCAAAUUGUGUUUCUUUUAAACUAAAUUCAGGAUAAUGGAGAAAAAGUACUUUAAAAAUGUGCAAGUAGUUUUUACAUGUGGCAGUAUGUGUUGCACGCUGCUAAAUAUAAAGACGUGAUUUUGCUUGCUGUGUGUAUCCCAGUAGAAUGAAGUGCAACCAUAGACAUAUCAGCACAUGGGUGAAGUGGAAAGAAAACACUGGACUUGUGUAUUUUGAGGUAUACAUUUAAGGUUCAACAGAUCGAUCUAGAUUCUGGCUGUACCAGACCUUCAGGUAGUAACUGAGCUAUUUUGUUGUUUGUUUUCAUAUUUUUUUAACUUAAACAUGCUUUCAUAGAAUGGAAAUGCAAUGGUAAUGUCUGCGUAAUAGAUUGGAAAGCAGUGUCUGACCAUUGCUGAGAUGUAUCUGAUUGGAACAGAACUUGGUUCUCCAUAUAAAAGCAAAGACAUUACCAUUUCUCUAUAUGAAAGUUAUAUAUGUAGGUGUGUGUAUACAUAUAUACACACACCUCCAUGAAAGUUCAAAUCGUAUAAAGGCAAUUGGGAUUGCCACUGCAUUACAGUGUACAGGUGGUAUUUGAAGACAUGGAAAUUGUUCUAUGUCUUCUCUUGAAGGAAUAUGUAGCAUACACUGUUACUGGCAUUAUAUGGGUCGAUUUUUAAUUUACAAAAUGAGCAGCUGUUGAGGAACAACUAAACCAAAACCCAAAUGUGUUUUGUAACACAGAACUGAAACUUAUUUUAUAGUGCGAAUAGCAGGCUAAAACAAAAGACAAGUAGGUUAUUACUAAGAACCAUAAGGCUCCCCCUUGAUGUCAUGCGUGUAACGGGAAGCCUCUGUGGCUAAAGCUAGAGGAGAAGGAACAUGUUAGGGGCCCCUUUUAGUUGUGAGCUAAAAUGCUAACAAAUUGAGAAAAUCUAUGAACGACACAGAUGAGCCAAGAACAGUCAAGGUGAACCCAUGCACUUAGGGGCUGUAAAAAAAGCAAAACAAUAUUGAACAAAAUAUACGUACUUUUAUUUAUUUUAGCCCUUUUUUGAAAAUAACUGUAAAAAUGUCAUCUCAUACAGUCAGAUGCUAAAUUACUGGCUUACUGUUAAGGAAAAGCUAACAUGGAAGGACGUUCUUUUUUUAUAUACAUAUUUGGACAGCUGGUCAGUAUUGAUUAUGCCAAUAUCCUUGCUUUUGCCAAUCUGCUGUAUUACACAUGUGUGCACCUCAGUGACUUAAUGACCUUUCUGAAGUCAGUGCUUUUACACACAUGACUCCAGGCAUUGGUUUGUUAUCAGAAUACUAAGUCGUUUAUCAGACAGAAUGCUGCCAUCAUUAGCAAUGUAGGGUUAAAUAUCUUCCGUAUCUACCCGUAUUUUUUUUUUUUUUUGCUGAUUCAGCAAUCAGACUUUCAUAGUCUAGCCUUGAUUUUAAAAAAUCAUCACCAACUUCAUCAACCCAUAAUUGCCAGUCAAAGAACUGGUUCAGAAAUGUGACUUUGACGGUGAAGGCCAAGCAAAUUAAACACGGUAAAAAAAAAAAAAAAAAAAGUGUUUGUUCCAUAAGAACAUUCCUUAUUGUUUUCCCGGUAAUCCUCAUUUCCUUAUGGUUUUCCCGGUAAUCCACAUUUCCUUAUUGUUUUCCCAGUAAUCCUCAUUUCCUUAUUGUUUUCCUGGUUUUCCAGACAUCUGGGAAAUGAAAAAGAUCAACAGUAAACCAUGGUAUUUUGAAAGAUCGAAAGGGGCCACUGAAUAUUUGUUUCAUGGUACUAGCUUAAGUUCUGGCUCGGGUUUAGUCAGUUCUGACUUACACAUGUCAACGUAUACAGCUAUGGCCAAAAGUUUUGCAUCAGCCUGUAGAAUUAACUAAUUUUGCUUCAUAAAAUCAAAUGAAACCUGCUGAACAAUGUUACGUUAACAUAUUGAAUUACAUACCUCUCUGUAGUUUCCCAUAUACCUAAAAAGAAAAUGAAAAAUUUGACAUUUUGAAAUCUAACACAAAAUACUGUACUAAUAUUAUGGCUUCCGGUAGACUUUUUGCGAUAUCAUUUUGUAGUUUCUUUGAUUACAAGAUGUUAAAUAAAAGAUAUAAAUUAUGUUCAUAUAGUUUUGUUUUUUAUAAUUACGUCUCAAUCCUAAAACUUUUGUCCAUAGGUGUAGAGAGAGCCGUCUACACAAUUAAGAAUGAAGGGAUGAAAAUAUGACAUGUUGGAAUAGUUGUUCCUUAAGAUUUACUACUAUAUGUUCAUUGAAAAAUGUGAAUAGUAUUUUUAUAGACUGCUGAAGAAUUGGCCAGGUGCAUUUGUAAAUAAGGGGAAAUAGUUUCUUUCAGGAUUGUUUUUUUCCCCUCCAUGGGAUCAGUUUCUGUUGAACAUAAUUGUCUUUAGGGUUAAUAUUAUUAUUAUUAUUAUUAUUAUUAGUAUAUAAUUAUUAUGUUUUCUUUGUGUAUAUAUGUGUAAUUUGGAUUGUGAAUUUUUAUUUCGGGAGCUCAUAAAUUGAGGCAUUUAAUUGUGAUUCGUGUUUAGCACAAAUCGUGAAUGUGUUUUAACUUCUGCACUUGCUCAUGUUGUAGGAGCUGCUUUUACUGUUCGAUGUACUGUUACUUCUUAUUCGCUUCCUUUCUUUUCUUUUGUCAGUCCCGCUGUUACAGAAUACAAUGGUGCCCUGCUGCAAUUCUGAUAAUUGUAAUGACUUCAGAAGCUACGGCUCUAUCCCUCUCCCUCUCUCUCUCAGUAGCCCUGUAUUCUAGGACAGGGUCUUUGGAUUUUCUUGAGUUCUUCCUUUAAGACCCUGUGUUCUGUUUGUCUCUCUUUCUCUUUCUCUCUCUCUGUCUGUGUGGUGCUGUUGGGCAUUGUUACUGUGAACCCUCCCGAGUUAUGCCUUUUGAUCCUUGGGUUGAGUGCUAACUGUAAUACUGACCGCAGUAAAAAGCUCCAGCCAGUGUUGCCAACACAGUUUAUAAAAAUAACUGCAUUAACUUGUAAUAAAAAACAUAGUGAGUGGGUUCAGGGUUUUGUCUUUUUAAUUGAAUCUCUAUUUACAUGUUUUCACCUUGUGAUCGCAUGAAUUAGGGUCCACCAAAUUGGUCACCCAAGGAAAAACAGGUAACAGUGUAUAGUUUACAGAUCUGUUCACAGAAGUGUGUUAUAGGAGUGUUAUUAACGAUUUCCACAGUUAUUAAAAACAAUAACAGGCAAUAGCAAAACAGGUUUAUAAAAUUUAAAUCGGGCACUACAAUAAAUAAUAUAAUCUCAUUCAAUCAUGACAUGAAUCUUUCCACUGGUAAUGUUUCAUUACUGCAAUGCUCCUGCAUAAAACAUAACAAUAAUGUUGCAUGUAGAAGCUGAAAGCACACCUGUGUUAAAGGACAAGCCGGUUUGAUCUCAAGGAAUGUGGUGCACAUGAAUCCAAUUUCAGGAAUCAACGCGAGGGUGACAGAACUGGCUUAGGUGGGUCAAAUAAGACUCGAAGCAGUGGGUUAGCCCGGUGUUAAUGUAUCAUAAGAGAUUAUGGGCUAAAAGCAGGGCUGGAGAUAUUCGGGAAACAUGGACCUCAUGUCAGGGGGCCCAAGUAAGGAGAUAAUAAAGUAAGAAUUGAGCUAGUGGAUUUUAGGGGACGGGUCGAACAUAAUAGUUAAAUGUAAAAACCGAGAGAGCAUAGGUCACACCACUGUAUGCAUUGAAGUAGGAAGGUCAUUUUGAGGAAUACCUUUUUAGUCUACCAUAGCUUUUAAAUUGGAGGGAGCGCAUCUGUAUGUCGUUACAAAUUCAGCAGCCAGUGCCUCCCAGAUUGGUAUAAAGAUAGAUUUCUAAAGCAACUGAAAUAAAGGGAAAUCAAAUGGGGAGUUUUCAACUGUUGGCAGCGCUGGUAACUGCUUUUAAUUUGCAGCAAACAUUUCACUAUCCCUAGGCAAUAGCAUUUAAAAAAAAAAUCCUGCAUUUUUGUUACAUGAAUCUGUCAAAAAUAUAUUUUUAAUUUAAUAUAAAUAAAGAUCAAUAAAAUAUAAAAAA